UCAAUUAAUUAGUUAAUAAUAACAACACCCGAGCGGGAGACGCCACUCUCGGCAGGACCCGUUAUAAAAAAAAGAAGCCCUAUCCUCAACUCGUAUCGUAAGGAGGAAGAGAAAAUAUACCACCGGUGUCGCUGGCGACGAAACCACGGCCAUCUUCACUUUCACAUAUUUGAUCUUCCACCACCGCCGCCUGCGCCACCACUACCAAGCUUUCUAGAAGGAUUUUGAUGAAGUGAAGAAACUAUGGCAAGCAAUUCAGGAAGAGGAUACCCUACAAACGGUUCCAUUUAUGUUUGUAAUUUACCUGAGGGAACCGAUGAAAGUAUGUUAGCUGAAUAUUUUGGAACCAUUGGCUUGCUAAAGAAAGAUAAGCGAACUGGUCGACCUAAGAUAUGGUUAUACCGAGAUAAGGUGACAAAUGAGCCGAAAGGUGAUGCUACUGUUACUUACGAGGAUCCACAUGCUGCAUUGGCUGCUGUUGAAUGGUUUAAUGACAAGAAUUUCCAUGGGAGCACAAUUGGUGUUUUUAUGGCAGAGAGUAAGAGUAGUAAUGCUGUUGUAGAUGUUCCAACUGCAGCUGCUGAUAAUGGUGGAUUUGAGGAUGAUGCAGCUAAGGACAUGGAUGGGGGUGGUGGAAGGGGUAGAGGUCGGGUUGAUGCUUCAGGAAAGACGUGGCAACAGGAGGGAGAUUGGCUCUGUCCGAAUACAAGUUGUUCCAAUGUCAACUUUUCAUUCCGUGGUGUGUGCAAUCGAUGUGGAACUGCUCGACCCGCAGGUGCAUCUGGUGGUGUUGGAGGGGCUGGUGGUCGUGGGAGGGGUCGAGGUGCUCCUGAUUCUGGAGGUCAUGGCCGAGCAGUAGCUGCUACUGGUGGACUUUUUGGCCCAAAUGAUUGGCCUUGCCCAAUGUGUGGUAACAUCAACUGGGCUAAGCGUAUGAAAUGCAAUAUUUGCAACACUAAUAAACCUGGUCACAAUGAGGGUGGUGUGAGAGGAGGACGUGCUGGUGGUUACAAAGAACUUGAUGAAGAAGAGAUAGAGGAAACAAGGCGACGUCGACGUGAAGCAGAAGAUGAUGGUGAGAUGUAUGAUGAGUUUGGCAAUCUCAAGAAAAAGUUUCGAGCAAAAACACAACAAGCUGAAGCUGCUCGAGUGCUACCACGUUCAGGCCGUGCUGGCUGGGAGGUUGGGGAACUAGGUGUGAUUGAUAGGGAUGGAAGAGAGAGAAGCAGAGACAGAGGAAGGGAACGGGAUGAUAGAGAAAGUAGCAAGAAUAGAGAGCGUGAAGAUAGGGAAAGACGCCGUAGUCGAAGCAGAGAGAGGGAUAGGGGAAAGGAUCGGAGCCGUGAUUAUGAUUAUGAGCGUGAUAGAGAUUAUGGACGGGAUCGAGACCGAGGCAGAUACUUUUACUGAGAAAGAAAGAAUGGGUGACUUUAAUGUGGUUAGAAUAUGGCAGUUGAUUGAAACAUUUUGAGUUGAAUUGGCAUCUUAGCAAAGACUAGUAUCUAGAGUUGGAUGUAUUGUGGAUUUAGUGUGAUGGGGUGGCCACAGUUUUGGUACUAUAGGAGAGUUUAGAUUUUGAAAUUAAAACAGUUAAUGAUUUUAUGUCCUUGCUAUGGUAUUUCAGAGCCUUCUUUUUAGCAUUCUUGAAACUCGAGAUGAAUGUUGGAGCAUUCUUCAAAAGUUGGUUGACAUCAUUCUUCAAAAA